AUGCUAUGUGAUGAUAAAGGUCCCAGCGGCGCGAGGGGCUUUGGCGGAGCUGGGUCACGACGCAUGGGGCGAGUGACCCGCGGAGGUGAAGAUGUCAGGCGCCGCGGCAAGGCAGUGUUACAGGUCGCGGGGUCGAGGGUCAACACACGGAUGACCAUUACCGCUCCUCCUUCAAGGACAGGCGGGGACGAAGGAGGACAAGGCGGGACGAAGAAGACCAGGCGGGGACGAAGGAGGACCAAGGCGGGACGAAGAAGGACCAGGCGGAGACGGAGAAGGACCAGGCGGAGACGGAGACGACCAGGCGGAGACGAAGGCGGAGACGCAGGAGACGGACCAGGCGGAGACGGAGGAGGAGGAGCGGACCAGGCGGAGAACCCAGGCGGAAGGAGACCAGGCGGAGACGAAGGAGGACCAGGCGGAACCGAGGAGGACCAGGCGGAGAGACGGAAGGAGGACCAGGCGGGGACGAAGGAGGACCAGGCGGGGACGAAGAAAGACCAGGCGGAGGACGGAGAAGGACCAGGCGGAGACGGAGAAGGACCAGGCGGAGACGGAGAAGGACCAGGCGGAGACGAAGAAGGACCAGGCGGAGACGAAGGAGGACCAGCGGAGAAGACGGAGCCACGAAAGGGAGGACCAGGCGGAGACGAGAAGGAACCAGGCGGAGACGAGAAGGCGGAGACGGAGAAGGACCAGGCGGAGACGAAGAAAGACCAGGCGGAGACGAAGAAGGACCAGGCGGAGACGAAGGAGGACCAGGCGGAGACGAAGAAGGACCAGGCGGAGACGAAGAAGGACCAGGCGGGAAGGAGUACCAGGCGGAGACGGAGGAGACAGGCGGAGACGAAGGAGGACCAGGCGGAGACGAAGGAGGACCAGGCGGGGACGAAGGAGGACCAGGCGGGGACGAAGAAGGACCAGGCGGAGACGGAGAAGGAGGCGGACAGAGAAGGACCAGGCGGAGACGGAGGAAGACCAGGCGAGAGAAGAGGAACCAGGCGGAGACGGAGGACGAAGGAGGAGGCGGAGCGAAGGAGCCAGGCGGAGACGACGAAGAAGGAGAGGCGGAGGAAGAAGGACCAGGCUGAGACGAAGAAGGACUGGCGGAGACGAAGGAGGACCAGGCGGAGACGAAGAGGACGGAGACGAAGUUUUCGUUCGGUCGCGCGAGGCGGAGACGCCGUUCGGUCGGGCGGAGUUUUGGCAGCGCGGCCACCUGUCAGCCCGAUCCCCUGGCCGCUCCUCCUAAAA